GCAGAGAGUCGAGAACCGAGUGUCCCGAAAAGGCUUAGCGCCUGCGCGUUGCGGGUUUCGGGGGCCUCCCGGCCUGAGGGAGAGGAACUGGGAAGAUGGCGGCUGUGGUGGAGAAUGUAGUGAAGCUCCUUGGGGAGCAGUACUACAAAGAUGCCAUGGAACAGUGCCACAAUUAUAACGCCCGCCUCUGUGCUGAGCGCAGCGUGCGCCUGCCUUUCCUGGACUCACAGACUGGAGUAGCCCAGAGCAAUUGUUAUAUCUGGAUGGAAAAACGACACCGGGGACCAGGCUUGGCCUCUGGACAGUUGUACUCCUACCCUGCCCGACGCUGGCGGAAGAAGCGCCGCGCCCACCCACCCGAAGAUCCGAGGCUUUCGUUCCCAUCCAUUAAACCAGACACUGACCAGACUCUGAAGAAAGAGGGGCUUAUCUCUCAGGAUGGCAGCAGUCUAGAGGCUCUGUUGCGUACUGAUCCCCUGGAGAAACGGGGUGCCCCAGAUCCCCGAGUUGAUGAUGACAGCCUGGGCGAGUUUCCUGUUACCAACAGUCGAGCACGGAAGCGCAUCCUUGAGCCCGACGACUUCCUUGAUGACCUUGAUGAUGAGGACUAUGAAGAAGAUACUCCAAAGCGCCGGGGGAAGGGGAAGUCCAAGAGUAAGGGUGUGAGCAGUGCCCGAAAGAAACUGGAUGCUUCCAUCCUGGAGGACCGGGAUAAGCCCUAUGCCUGUGACAAUAGUUUCAAACAAAAGCAUACCUCGAAAGCGCCCCAGAGAGUUUGUGGAAAACGUUACAAGAAUCGACCUGGCCUCAGUUACCACUAUGCCCAUUCCCACCUGGCUGAAGAGGAAGGAGAGGACAAAGAAGACUCCCAACCACCCACUCCUGUGUCCCAGAGGUCUGAGGAGCAGAAAUCCAAGAAAGGACCUGAUGGGUUGGCCCUGCCUAACAACUACUGUGACUUCUGCCUGGGAGACUCAAAAAUCAACAAGAAGACAGGGCAGCCUGAGGAGCUAGUGUCCUGUUCUGACUGUGGCCGCUCAGGGCAUCCAUCCUGCCUGCAGUUCACCCCUGUGAUGAUGGCAGCCGUGAAGACCUACCGCUGGCAGUGCAUCGAGUGCAAGUGCUGCAACCUCUGUGGUACUUCAGAGAAUGAUGACCAACUGCUCUUCUGUGAUGACUGUGACCGUGGCUACCACAUGUACUGUCUCACCCCUUCCAUGUCUGAGCCUCCUGAAGGAAGUUGGAGUUGCCACCUGUGUCUGGAUCUGCUGAAGGAGAAAGCAUCCAUCUACCAGAACCAGAACUCCUCCUGAUGUGCCACCCAGCUCCCCUGCAUCUAAGGCCGUUGCUCUCCUCUCUACCUUGGUUUUCAUUCUCCCUCUCUCCUCUUUCACUCGGUAGUCCAACCUGCCUUUGGCAACAGCACAGGGAGGUGGCAGCUCUGACUGCUUCUGGCCCCAAGCCCUCAGGGAGUAAGGAGCAGCAUGCUGUUCCAGGGCUGACCUGUGGGCCCAACUUCUCUCUGUUUUCCAAGAAGUGCAUUCACUCUACCUGCCUUGGGCCCAGGACCCUGGUGAUUACAGGGCUCAGAUGAGGUCCUCUGAGAAGGAAUAUGAGAGCAGCUCGCUUGUCUCAAGCCUUGCCUAGCCCCACCCCCACCCCCACCCCCUCUGGUUUCCAGGGUUUUGCCCCAGCGAUGAGCCAGGCUGGGCCUUUCCUGAAAGCAGCUGGAGUGAGCUGGCUGAAGUGGCACUUGCCAGGACCCUUUCUGACCCCUGUUCUGCUUCCCUGUCCUCUGCCAUGCUACAUGGGUUCUACGCUUGAGCUGGAAUGCUCUCGGGCACCUCCUGGCUCUGCCUUGUCCCACAAAGGGACAAGCAGCUUCAACCUGUCCUUCUGUGCUUGGCUGGCUUGCUCACAGGUGCUCUCUGUCUACGCAAACAUUUCCCAUUCUCAGAACUUCCCGUCUUCUGCCUCUUUCCUUAUUCCCUUUGGUUUUGUAGGGAGAGGGAUAGUGUCGGGGCUGUGCCAGCAGCUUGGGGGGUGCAGGGAGAAGUUGGAUAAUGUGCCUGUUUUUUAACUCUAUAAAAAAGCCUACCUCCAAAAUCCCCUUUUUGUUCUUCCUGGACCUGGGCAUUUAGCCUCCUGCCCUUAACUGAAUCAGGAGCCUCUGCCUCCUGCCUGUGUAUCCUGGUUCCCAGGACACAGGUUGGUCCCCUUUCCUUGCACGCUAGCUAGUAGCUGGUAAGGUCUUCACACCCUGAUUUUUCUGUUUCCUGCUUAGUGGCACUGACAUUAAGUAGGAGGGGACAGUCCAUGCCGAGAUACUCUGGAGUGGGCUUCCCCCUGGCUGUGAGCAGGCCCUAACUGUUGUUUUCUGCAAAGUUGAGGCCCCUUCCUCACAUAUUUAGUUCCUGUAUUCAAAACAUUAGUAAAAAUAAACAUUUUUACAGAGCCUUC